CUAAUUCUUCUCUCAAUCAAUCUAAAUCUCUUUGUUUACAUUAACAUUGGAGUCUAAUCUAACUGCCUACAACAAAUCCCUAAUUCAAAGGACUGGUCACUGUAACUACCCAUGGUAAAGUCUGAGUGACAGUAGUAAGUAGUAGUAGCGGUUCAAACAAGUGAGGGUAAAAUACCACUAAAAUUUGAGAAUUGGGGCAGACAUACCACUUAACUUUGAAUAGGGCGUCGGGUACCAUUAAAGUCACCAAAAUGUGCAUCCGUCUAGUUUUCCAUCCAACCCAAAAUUUUAAUUACUUUUUGGUACCCAAAACUUUUAAAAACAUCUAAAACUAUAUUUCAACAAGUUUUUAUCUAAUAUAGAAAUUAAAAAAACCUUCUAAACAUAAUAUUACUGAAAUGACUAAUCAAAAUUUUCAAUAAAAUAGAUAAGUUAGUAAAACUAUAAACAAAUAUCAUGAAGAAGAAUAAAUAUAUAGAAUAUAAUGAUAAAUAUUUAAAAUCAAUAUUAGAAGAUCUAUUUAAAUCACUAAUCCGAUAAGAAGUACCAUUAAAAAUAGUUAAAAUAGAACCUAAUCGAUCAUCAAUACAUCAAGACCAAAGAAAGAUAUAUGGAACAUAGUCAGAAAGAAUUAAACAUAUUACAGUAAUUAAAGAAAAUUUAGAACGAAAGUAACCAAAAAAAUUAUACAACAUCCAGAUGAUGUAUGAGAAUUAAAUAUAACAUCCUCAUAUUAUUUAUAUCGAUAUAGAAUUCAUAGGAUAUAUUUGCUUAAGCAAAUCUUUCAAUUAUUAUAACACAUAAUGGUAAUUUAAAGUACUUAUAAUGAUAAUUGAUUCUACAUUUCCUAUUCAAAAAUUGGUUUGGUAUCAAAAUAUAUAAAAAUAAAAAAGAGAAUAAUUCAGUUAUAUAAAACAUAAUGAUAAUUGAAAAUACUUAUAAUGAUAAUUGAUUUUAAAUUUUCUAUUCAAAAAUUAAUUUGGUAUCAAGUUUUCAAAAGAAGAUACCAAUUAAAUAAUAAAAAUUGAUGUUUUUCAUAAGUCAAAAUGAUUUUUUACAAUAAGAAAAGUAGAAUGACCAAUUAUGAAAUUUAGAAAACUGAAUAUUCCAAGAAUAUUCUGUUAACUUUAACGGAAUGCACUUAACAUUAAACUUAAGUAGUACCGGGUGCACAAAUAAUAGAGUUUAGUGGUACCCGACGCCCUAUUCAAACUUAAGUGGUAUGCCUACCCCAAUUCUGAAACUUAAGUGGUAUCCGAGGUAUUUUACCCCACAAAGGAAGAAAGCUCAUUGGAGAGAGCUCAUUGGAACAGAACAGGGAAGGCGGUAAAGGAAAACCCAGAAAGGAAGAAAGAAAGAAAACGAGGAAGUUGAGUUUCUAUUUGCGUAGGAUCCAAAGGGCAGCUUUCUAAGGUUGUGGGUUUGGAUGUUUCUCUUUCAGCUCUUUAUAAGUAUCAUGAUGAUUAUCGUUAUCCUGAGAUCAGAUAUGCAUCAUCAUCGCCAUCAUCAGCCUGAUAGCCUGGCUGGGGAGCUAGCGAGAGAGAGAGAGAGAGAGAGAGAGAGAGAGAGCAUCGUCGUCAUGAUCAUCAUGAGAAAUGAAGAUAUGGCCAUGGACUCCCAAGUCCCAAACCAUCAUCAUCAUUCAAGGGAUCCCCAAACUGCUUAUAAUUACCACCCAUAUUUUGUUUGUGCAGGCACAGGCAGGAAGGACGAAGGAGGAGGUAGCGCGUGCUCUGCUGCCAUGGCUAUUUCUCCAUGCACAAACAAAAACUACUCAAUUCCCUCCAUUGGACCCUACCUUGAUUCACAUUUCACAGCCAGAGACCAGAGUCCAAAUUCCAACCAAACAAACCGGGCCAGGACAAACUUGUUUCCAUUUGAGAUACCCUGCUUUUAUGAACUUCUGCAUUAGUCAAUUGUUCCUUUUUGUUGUAUGUAAUGCAAGCCCCGGCCGGCCGGAAUCAGGCGGGUGGAAAAAUCUUCUUUGCAAUUGAUGCAUGCUAGCUAGGUCACAUUUUGAUUUGUCGAUCACAACUCCUCUAGUUUAGUCCAAUUCAUAACUUCUGGUUCUCCCCGGUCACGUGGUAAUCAUAAUACUUUUUUCCAUAGGUUACAUGUUUCAAUCUCAGAUAUUUAUAAGAAGGUUGACCCGAUGAAAUCAGUAGUGUUAUAAAAUCAUUUGAAUUUGAUUUACGAUAAGGCAGGAAAUGAUGAUAAGAUCAAUUGCAAACACGAAUAUUGAAGGAAGAGCAUGACCGUCGACAAAUAGUAUUUUUCUUUAUUGAUGUUUGUAAGUCGAGUUUAGCCUGUUGGCCCGAUCCGACAAGUGGGUUGUGGGUCAAUGGUCUGAUUGUUUUGGUCCAAUUUAGCUCGAAUAUAUGAAAAAUUCAUUAUAUUGUUCGUACAUUUUUGUACUGUAUCAAUCAUCAUACAACAUAUGGAUAAAUAACAUAUGACAUUACACCAAAGCACCAUUUCGUACUUGGAUCCAAUGUAUAGUGAAAAUUCAAAGACACACGCAUACUAUAAAUAUUCAAAGUUCAACUUAGAAUUCCCAAGAUAGGGUGAGGCGAAUGGGAAACCCGAAAAAGAGUCGCAUUUCGCAAACCAAAAGGAAAAACAACAUCGUGUAACUGAUAUCCUUAACCUGGGAACCUUGCUAGGAGUCGACGACCCACAAGUGUGUGUCCCUCAUUUUCCUCACCGUGUCAGGGGUCAACCUGUGGAUUGAUAACCUUGGUGCUAUAGGGUGUGGACUUUUUGUUUGUUGGGGUUGUUUGGUUUAGUUGAUAGUAUAAUACAUAAUUAUUUUUAAUUUAUACUUUAAUAAUUCUACCAUUGUUGUGUUGAUGUGAAGAAAAAUAUCACUCAAAAUAAGUGAUAGUAAUAUAUCUACUAAAAAAAUUUGAGAUUAUUGAGAAAACAUUGUUAGGUGCUUUAUUUAUUCCAACUAUACCCCCAACUUUUUUAUAUGGUUUGUUAUCUUACAUUAAAAAGCAAAAGGUAAAACUUACAUUUCUCUCCAAAAGUAACGUAAUAUUACACUUGUAUUGUUUACAAUGUAUCAAUUUAGCCAUCACCAUAAUCAAACCACCCGUAAAUGAGUAUAUCAUAUAUGGUUAAUUAAAUCAAUAAAAAUAAACAGACUUUUGCUUAUAUUACUGUGUGAGUGAAUUUUUUACUUCAACUGAGACUGACUAGUGAAGCAGCAGCCAGCCCAGCCUGCCUGCCAGCAGGAUUGAGAAGAAGGCUGAGGAAGAAGAAGCAGAAGAAGAAAAAGGCAAUAAUAAGUAAAAACAAAAAACAAUCUAUUCU